UUAGCCGACAGUUUCCUCACGACACUACUCUCAGUUUCUGGUUGUCUUAUGUGUUGAAAUCCUUAAUGGAGUCGUAGCCGCGAGUGUUUAACUCUCCAACCAGUUCCACAGCAAGAAAAACAAGACAGACUGCAGUUUUAUCUCGGUUCGUUCCUCAGUCAGCUACUUUCUUUCCCCUCGGUGUCUGGUUCUGACAGGGAGCGAGGCUGAAGAGAUGUCCGACAACGGUGGCUCGACUGUCGGCCUUCUGUCUUACGAGACGCUGGUUCAUGCUGUGGCUGGUGCAAUGGGGAGUGUGACUGCAAUGACAGUCUUCUUUCCUUUGGACACAGCCAAAAGCAGACUGCAGGUGGAUGAAAAUCGAAAGUCAAAAUCCACCCCCAUCAUCCUGGCUGAGAUAGCACAGGAAGAGGGUCUGCAGUCUUUGUACAGAGGCUGGUUUCCAGUCAUCUCCAGCCUCUGCUGCUCCAACUUUGUCUACUUCUACACCUUCAACACUCUGAAGAAGUUGACGGCAUCUAGUCCAAACAAGUCCAGGCUUGGCAGAGACCUGCUCAUGGGAAUCAUAUCAGGGGCAGUGAACGUGAUCCUGACCACUCCCAUGUGGGUGGUCAACACUCGACUGAAGAUGCAGGGGGUAAAGUUCAGAAACGAAGACCUCCAUCAGACCCAGUACAGUGGCAUUUUUGAUGCGUUCUCGCAGAUCAUAGCCAACGAGGGGGUGGGAAGUCUGUGGAGCAGCACCCUGCCCUCCCUCAUCCUCGUCCUCAACCCGGCGGUCCAGUUCAUGUUCUAUGAGGCCAUGAAGAGGAGGGCCGGUAAAGGAGGGAAGAGGAUAUCCUCAGCAGAGAUCUUCCUCAUUGGAGCCAUUGCCAAGGCCAUUGCUACCACAGCAACUUAUCCACUGCAGACUGUUCAGGCAAUCUUAAGGUUUGGACAGCACAAAGGUGACGGCAAGGGCGGUGUGAUGGGAAGCCUCUCAAACAUUUUCUCCCUGCUCAUGGACAGAAUCAGGAGGCAUGGUGUUCUUGGUUUGUACAAAGGCCUGGAGGCUAAACUGCUACAGACGGUGCUGACAGCUGCCCUCAUGUUCGUUGUGUAUGAGAAGAUCACUGCUGUCACCUUCAAAGUCAUGGGCCUGAACAAGAAACUAAAGCAGUGAACACACACCUGCUUGGAUACAGCGUGGCGCUAGCACACCAGCGAACCAGGCUGCACAUUAACACGGUGUCAGUAGGUAUUUUAUCGAUACCUCUCUAAAUAAUAUGCUAAUGACAGGAAUCGUUUCAGUCAGUGUUGUAAUCAGAGGUGGGAUUGGUGCCCUUAUGGCUACAGAUUCCCACACUCACCCCAAAAUACCAUAACCAAAGGGGGGUGUAAUACUUGGACUAGCCCCUUUUUCUUAAACUUUAAGCGGUUACAUGAUAAAUCUCUUGAUGUGGUUCUAAAUGAGCUUAAAGGAACUGAAUUAUAAAUGGUAAG